AUGAAAGCUAUACUCAGUGGACUUUCUAGUGAUGUUUCUUCAAAGAUGGAUAAGUGUAAAUUUUCAAAGAGUUUGUGGGACAGACUGAAGAAGCUAUAUGGAAAUGGACCUAGCACUGUUGAACUAAUUUGUGUGAGCAAGAAGAGAAUUGAGGCACAUGAACAUGAAGAUGAUGAAUCUAGACUAGUCAACUACUAUAGCAAUGAUGAGGUGGAAACUCAUCUCUUCAUGGCUCAAGAGACUCACAGGGAACAAGACCGGUUGAACAAAUGUCUUGAAGAAUUUGAGGAAUGUAUCUUAGAGUUGAAAACUCAACUAGAAGAUGCCAAGAAGAUCAAUGAAGAAACAAAAUCAAAGCUAGAGGCCAAGGAUAAAGAAUAUAAGAAGCUAGAAAGUGAAAUGGAGAAUCUCAGGAAAGACUUUGAGAAGUGCCAAGAUGAGGUCAAGAGUUUGUGGGAUAGACUGAAGAAGCUAUAUGGAAAUGGACCUAGCACUGUUGAACCAAUUUGUGUGAGAAAGAAGAGAAUUGAGGCACAUGAACAUGAAGAUGAUGGAUCUAGACCAGUUAGCUAUUGCAGCAAUGAUGAGGAGGAAACUCAUCUCUUCAUGGCUCAAGAGACUCACACUAAGAUGAAUACAUCAGAAAGGGAUAACAUAGAUCAAUCCUACCAACAAGAUGUGUUUGGUAGUGAUGAAGAAGCUAAAGCUAAGGUAGAUCUUGAAGAAGAACUAGUGAGUGCACUUGAUGAACUUACUAAAGUGAGAAAAGAAUUCAAAAAGUAUAAUAAUGCUUCUAUAGGGGAACAAGACCGGUUGAACAAAUGUCUUGAUGAAUCUGAGGAAUGUAUCUCAGAGUUGAAAACUCAACUAGAAGAUGCCAAGAAUAUAAAUGAAGAAACAAAAUCAAAGCUAGAGGCCAAGGAUAAAGAAUAUAAGAAGCUAGAAGGUGAAAUAGAGAAUCUCAGAAAAGACCUUGAGAAUUGCCAAGAUGAGCUCAAGGUGAGGAUCUGGAUUUCUCAACUAGAGGAAAAACUCAAGAAAGAUUUUGAAGGAAGACUAAGCAAAAUGGAAAACAAAUUUCAAAAAGUUACUGAAAACUUGAUAUCUCUUGUUACCUUCAGUCACAAAGUGGUUAAGAUCUCGGUUGAGAGUAUAAAUGCCAUGGUUGGAAAGCUUGAAGCCAAUCACCAGAAAGGUGUUGUAGUGGAUGUGGAGGUGCUGGAUAAAAAGAUUGAGGAUACAAUGGGACCAUGCAAGAGAACAAGGGCUAACCUAAAGAAGAAAUAUGCUAAUCAAGACAUUCAGGAGCUUAAGAAGAUUGCAUUGAACAUAAAUCAGCUAGAAGCAGAGGUUGUAGAGGCCCUUAAGAACUUGUACUAG